UGAGACUGGAAGUUAGAUCAUUUUGUUCAUCAUGGCGGCUGUCGCGAUACGCACUUGCGAAAGUCCUGGCUGUCAACAACCAGCUAAAUUACAGUGUCCUACAUGUAUUAAGCUUGGAAUUCAAGGCAGUUUCUUCUGUGCUCAGGUAAUGGUUAAGAAUUGCCCAUUUUAGGCGGGUUUGUGUGGCAGCCACAUUAUGUAUAAUGGAAAGGGCUUAAAUACGAUUUGUACUGAUUCGUAUCUAUGCAUUGUGAGUUGACUUGAAAUUGUUUGAGAAUAAUCUUUAGUCUCUUUGGAGAUGGUCGACGUUAAUCGUCGUUAAUCAUCCGCCACUGCUACCACUCCACAAGUCUUUUUUCAGUUUUUCUGUCAAUACAAAGUGCUUUUAGUAAUGAAACUCUAUGACAAGUAAUUUUCUGCACUUGUUCUAAUAAUUAAGCUCAACUUAAAAAAUAUGUUCUGCAAAAUCUUCACCAUUGCUGCUCGUGGUAUGGAAUCGUUGAUCUACUUUUCAUAAUACUUUGUGUCACUCUAGGAAAGAAUUAAUGUGAUCGGAUUCAUUAUUUUGAGGAUAUUUGGAUUUAAAGGAAAAUACCUCUUAUUAUCAUCAGAACCUGAUUGUGAUUGUCUGCCUUUCUAAAGGCAGGCGAAUUCUUUAAUAUGAAACAAUCACUCUUCUUAUAGUUGAACUGGUCUCUGUGAUCAUUGAAGGAGAUACUGGUUAUAAAGUGAUACCUUUCAGGGAUGAGUAUAAAUCAAACACCUGUGAAUAUGAUUGUUGUAUUUACUUUUGGAACUUCAUUUUGUUGCAGGAUUGCUUCAAGCAGAACUGGAGUGAACACAGAAAAGUACACAAGUCAGCUAAAGCUGCAGGUACAGGUGUACCACAUUAUACUCAAACAAAGCCUGGGUUCCACAUCAAUUCAUAAACAGGACCCAUAUUGACAACAGUUCAAUAACUGAUCAGAAGUGAUUAUCGUGUUCAAUUAUCUUCAUUUGUUAUAGAUAUUGAUCUUUUAAACAUUUUUCAUAUAUUAAUAUUUUUCUUAAUACAACUCAUGUUAAAAAUCUAAAGGGUUUAUCAUUUGCACAAUAUUUCACAUGUUUAAUUUUAUUGUCAGCAAGUCUGCCUGUCACCUUUCACAUAUCUUUCAUUGACUUGAUUGUUCUAUGAAACUGUUUGGUAGAUGACAAUAAUAAACCAGUGACCUAUAAUCCAUGGCCUGGAUAUAGAUUCACAGGAAAACUGAAGCCCUGGCCUCAGGUAUAGUAUUGUGUAUGAGUUUAAUCUUUAAACAAACUAGAUGUUUGAAUUAUAUAAAGGAGGAAAUACUUCAGACUCUAAUUAGUCAUUUUGUUUGGGCUCAUGUAAUUAAAAAAUUACUUGUUUUGCUUUACUAACAAGACAAAGUUUUGUUAUGUCACUUGUAAUAUUUCCUCCUCUGGAAGAAGCAUUAGUGAAGACACCCAAGAAAAAGUUUAGCAGGAGCUGUUUACUGCCUCCCAAAAAAAUGGAAAAAAAGGAAAAAAGUAGUCAUAACAACUUGAAAAUUAAAUAGUAAAUUGGAGCAACUGUUCAAAAAAGGUGGUGCCUCUCAGCAAGUUUUUGAUAAACCUUUUCUUAUGUCUGUUCAAUGUUAAGUAUAUAUCAUUUUGUCUUUGUGGUGCCUCAGUGUUCACUUCUUCCACUUUUUUGUUCUUACCUAAUUUUAAAGCCAUCUGUUUUAAUUUAUAACUGUACAAAUACAAGGAAAAGGUGAACUAUUUAUAGUAAAAGCCUUUAGUAAUAUAUUACAUUUGUGUAAUUUAUAUAAGGAAUUAACAUUUAUUUUCAGUCUCCAAGGCGAGAGGUCCCUGAUCACAUCCAGAAACCUGACUAUGCAGAGAAUGGUUUGUAAUCAAAUUGAUUUUUUAUCAAAGAUUUAAAAUACUGAACUUCUACUAAAUGAGGUGCAGUCACUGGAUUUAUAGUUUGUUUGAUUUUGAAUGAAGGCAAAAAUAGUAUUUAUUUGACUCAAUGCUCAAAGCUGUACUUCUUAGAAGAGAAGUUUGAACAAUGGGGAAUCAGAAAGAUCUCUUUGCUAAGUUACAACUUUCCAAUUGUUUCCCUUGUGAUUAUCAUACAGUAUGAAUAAAAAAUACUCUUACUGGCCAAUUCAAGCUCUUCCGUGUGAUAUUUGAAGAGUUAACUAACAUACAAACAAGAGAUUCAUGAUUCAUGUAAAUAACUGCAGAGUGGGACCUGUAGUCAAUGGUCACCCAUAGAGAAUGGCAGGGUGACUACUUAACACAGGUAUCACAUAUUGGGGGUGUUAUAAAAAAUGAUAAACAAUGCCACUUCAUGCCAUAAUUAACCACUUCAUGUGCAGAAUCUCAUUUGAAAAUAGUACUUACUGGUACUUUGAUUUAAGGUAGAGAAACAUGGAUAAAAAAUUACUUGAAAGAUUAUUCUUAGUAUUAUUUGAUUGGUUCUGCUUUCAGUUUCUGUUCAGUACAGGGGGGGGACAAUUGAAAACUGGUGGUUGAGACUAGGAGUAAAGGGUGACUGCAACUGCUUAAUAGAGGUGACAGCUUGCUAAAGCUAAAAAUUACAGUGAUGAACAAGAAACAAAUUCAGGACUUUAACAACUGACUGUGUAAUACAGGGUGACUGCUUAAUACAUUGCUGCUAGUACAGGUUGGACUGUAGUUUGGUUGCCCCUAAAGUGACAUCAGAGAACUGCUUUUUGAGUUAACCAAUCAAGCAAAGAUGCAUGACUAGCUAUGUACUUGAUGUUUUCACCAGGUGUUCCUCUGUCAGAGAUAAAAUCCAAGCAAAGCAUGCAGAUAAGAGUACUGAAUGAGGAGGAAAUUGAGAAGAUGCAGGUGGCAUGCAGGGUAAGAUUUAUUCUUUACCUGUUGGUGUAGGGUUUGUACAUGUAGUAUGAGGUUGUUAUAUACUUUGUCUUUGGGAGGGUUGGUUGGUUCUUUUUUUGCCUUUUUUUUUUUUUUUUUUUUUUUUUUUUUUUUAACAUGUAGAAACUUAGCAUACCUAAAGGAAAUUGAGAAAUGACAUGACUUUGUGUAAUUACUCUCACCUGUAACAAGCUGUGGGGUAAAUUAUUUGAAAGUUAUUAUAAACUUGUGUUAAGAAAUUCUACAACUGAAAGUAUUGUAUUUUACUUCUGCAGUUGGCAAGGGAAGUGUUGGAUACAGCAGCAAGGCAUAUUAAAGUUGGUAUCACAACAGAUGAAUUGGACAGGAUAGUACAUGAGGUACAGAAUAUAAAUAAAUACACAGUUUGUCUUGAUUAUAAGUUCUUUUGAAGCAAACCAUUAGCAUUGUGCCAGCAUGUCUGAAAGUGCGUUCAUUAAUGUUUCUCACAAAUUCUGCUGUAUUAAACUUAAAAUUUGUGAAUUAUUGAGUAAACGUUGCUUUUCUUAUCCUUUAGGCCUGUCUUGAGAGGAAUUGUUAUCCUUCUCCUCUCAAUUAUCAUGGAUUUCCAAAGUCUUGUUGCACGUAAGUUGGUUUUGUCUACUUCUUCAUAGUAAUAUCUCACAACACACUAAUAUGUAGAUAUUUAAAAAUUGCCCAUACCCUAUCUUGGUUGCUAGUGUUACCAGGUUGAUUCAGAGAUUCUAAUAAUAUUACCAAUAACCUCAAAGUUAAUGUUUUUGCUUUCUUGCUCUCAAGGCCAUGCAAGCUGUGUAGCAUUGACACAAAUAUUUCAUUAGUGCCAAUUUGCUUAAUUUAAGAUAAGUUCAAAUCCCCAGCUUUCAAUUGAGUACUCUUCUUGGAACAGGUCUGUAAAUGAAGUGAUCUGUCAUGGUAUUCCUGACACGCGCCCAUUGGAGGAUGGGGAUCUCUUAAACAGUAAGUUGCCACUGAAUUUUCUUUUUUAAUGUCUGUACUUUACCAGUUAUUAAUGGUGAACAAUAGUAAACAAGGCUAGAUGGUACACUUUAUGAUAACUAUUGGAGUGCUGUUAUUCAUGAAUGGAUAAACACUUAACAUGUACCAUGGACAGAUACAUUAGUACAGUUAUGAAAACUGUUUUAUGGAGCAAACUCAAUGUCACAAAUACUUUUUUGUGCUUGGAGGUUAAAGUUAAGACCCUUUUCUUUCCAAACUUUAAGUGUGAUGAAUGACACUUGAAAGUGCUUGCUCAUGCUAACUAUGAUUUUGAAAUCUACUCAAUUUUUGUUUUGUAGUCGACAUCACCAUUUAUUACAAUGGUUUCCACGGAGAUCUGAAUGAGACAUUCUUUGUUGGUGAAGUGUCAGAGGACAGCAAACAGUUAGUGAAGGUUACACAUGAGUGUUUAAGUCAGGCUAUAGCAUCAGGUAAUGUGAUAGAUAUCCUUAGUAUUAAAUAAGGCUAAUUCAUUAUGUAAAAGUUCCAAUGUUGAGUGUAUUUUCUGUCAUAAAGUCACAUAUGGUGAUGAUAACUGUUCAGGUCAAACUUGUAAUGUGAGAUUGGAACUUCACUCCAUACUAACAACAUUUUAUAAUGAACAACUCAAAAGAUAUUUCGUUAAAAAAAUAAACAACUAGACCCUGUGAGCAGGGUAACUGGGAUACCUGGAUGGUACUGGAUCCUUGGAAUCAAGUGUAGUGGUACUACGGGUGUCAGACUAGUAUACUGAAAUAGUGCGCUCAAGUCUGGCCAAGGGCAUACACCUAUUUCAAAACAUAGGCAUGCUAUGCAUGCAAGAGUUACUUUUUUGUAGGGUGGGUGGAUUACUUGAAACAUUGUGAGUGAUGUGUACAUUCUUACAAAAGGAGAGAAGAAUAUUAAUGUGGGAAAGAACGAAAAUGUCCAAUUACCUCACUCACAGGUAUUUUGUGGUAGAUUAUGUAUGUUUUGCGAGUAAAUGUAACCAAAAAUAAACUGUAUUGGUGCCACAGAUACCUGUUAGUACAAAAUGCAGACAGCAGACUGCAGACCGGAUACAAAAUAUAGACUGCAGACUGGGUACAAAAUGCAGACUAAGAAUCUGAAGAGUUUUUAUGUCUGGUAUAUAAUAAUAUGUCAUCUUACAGCUUACGUGUUGAGGGCCCAAUGACCUCUGGGUAAUUUUUCCAUUUUGUGGCGGAGGAAAAACAAAAAAACAAAACAAAACAAAAAAGCAAAGGCAUUAAAAUCCUUUUCUGUAUCUUAGUGAAGCCUGGUGUGAAAUACAGAGAGAUUGGUAACAUCAUUCAGAAGCAUGCCCAAGCUCAUGGCUAUGCUGUUGUGAAGAGUUUUUGUGGCCAUGGGAUUCACGAGUAAGUAUAUAUAGAUUGUGCUGAUGCAUUGCUAUGAUAACAACUUUGUGAGAACCCAACCAUGAUAUAUUAGUAAUGUACUAAUGUGUCAAAUCGUCCACAUCACAGGCUGUUUCAUACUGCACCAAGUGUCCCUCAUUAUGCAAGUAAGUAUGUAACGCAGUUGUCUUUGUCUUUGUGGUGGUUCUUUUCUUGCUUCCUAAAAUUCAAAGCAGCUCGCAAACACAUUAAUCUUCAUGGUUACGCUUCUGCCCACAGGUAUUUUCAUAUGACUUACCGUAAUUUUUUGCCGUUUACCCGCACGGCCAAUUACCCGCACCGGCCGGUUAUUGCACACGGCGAAAAAAAUUACCCGCACGGUGGAUAACCCGCACGUUAUGUUUUUGGUGGCGAAAACGUGACUUUAAGGUGAUACUAUUUCAGUCUUUUAAAAGUUGUCUGAUCUAACUUUCGAAAACUUGAAAGCUUCUUUGUCGAGUUUAAAGGUCAAAGAAAUUCAGGCGCGUGCACAAUUCUGUGUCAAUAUUAGCAUGUACUUUAUUGAUAAAAUUAUACAGUAAAAACACUAACGGCCCAUGCCCAAAUAUCAGCGUUUCAUACUUGACAGAAUGCGAAUUUGUGGCCACAUUUUGUGCGAGCGAUCGUUCAGCGCUAUGUUGAUUUGAAAGAAAGCUGGGUGAGCGUUCAAACUUGAAUUAUAAAGUACUGUCGGCGAUUUCUGAAAAAAAUAGAUAUCUCCGGUUCUAUCGAGCCUAACAAGUCCCUUAAAACGGGAAAAUUCUCUUUAGUUCAAGCUAGUAUUAAAUGGAAAUUUGUUAUUGAUGCGCCGGAUAUCUUUAGAUUAUUUUUGUCACCAUCAAGAUUUUGUUUUCACGCGUGCCGAUAACAAUUUGUUGGUCACGCAACUAAUUAUGCGUGAAAUAAAAUCUAGUCGGCAUCAUGUUUUCGUACCGCUCUGUGGCACUCUUAAUACAUUUCAACUACCAGUAGAUUUUAAAAUUGUCACAUAACCUGCACCUCCCUGUUACCCGCAGUGGCCCGCGUUUAAUGCAAAAUCAACAGAUACCCGCGGGUAAACGGCCGGAAAUUACAGUAUUUUUCCUCUAAAACCAAAUCAUGUGCAGAGCGUUCUAUUCACGAUGGCAUUAUUUUAUAGAAAACAAAGCUUUUGGUGUAAUGAAGCCAGGACACACAUUUACCAUUGAACCGAUGAUCUCACAAGGUACUUGUUAUAUCAUUGUUAGGUUAUUUAAACACUUUUGGGUAAUUAUUGUUAUAAGUCACGAGUCUUGAUAUCUAAAGUAUUGGUUUACAGUUACACCCCUUAGUUUUCUAUGGUUGAUGUUUGUGUUGGUUUGUCUUUUUUUUUUCCCUUUGAAAAUUUGUUUAUUUGUCUGUUCCUUUGCAAUUCCCUUGGUUUGUUUGUGUAUUUUAGCAAUAAACUUAUGCAACUAGGGAGAAAAAUUUUCAAACAAACACUGUAGCGUGAAUUAUUUAUAUGAACUCCGCUCAAAGGUGUGAUUAAUGUAGCCCACCUAGUGUGAUACAGUGGCUUCCAAUUAAUUCAAUUCUAUGGUUUGAUUGGUUAAUUUUGACAAAAUUCUAGGAACUUGGCGAGAUGAGAUCUGGCCUGACAACUGGACUGCCGUGACACAGGUGUGAAACAGUUUUUGUGCAAUGUAUUCUAACCCUAGGUAAUUGAGUGUGAAUGAGAUGGUUUUGCCUUCUGAAGAACCUCAGGCCUUGGACAAUGACAGAAACAUGUGCCUUGAUAAUGGCUCUCUUUCAUAUGUGAGCCCAGUGAUUGUAACUAUUUGAAACCUCUUGACAGACUUAAAAAAAGGAGUUUGUCACUGCACAUUUAUGUCAUCUUAACACAGGUGACGACUUCAACAUGUUUUCCUUGCAGGAUGGCAAGAGGUCAGCUCAGUUUGAGCAGACCCUACUAGUGACUGAAACUGGAUGUGACAUUCUGACAAUCAGACCUGAUGACAACGGAAGACCUCACUUCCUGUCUCAGAUGUAAAUCCCCAAAUAAAACAUACUGAACAAGCAGCAAAAGUACAGCAAGAGUGAAUAAACAUACUGGAAAAUACUCUACAUUGUAAGCUGAAUUGCACAUGUAUUUUGAUUGAUUCUUAGUCAUGACGUCGUAAGGAACUAACGCAUUGAUGAUGUCAUCUUUGACAACUUUUGCUACUUCAGUAAGGUUUUGAUGUGUGGUAAUCAACAUCAAAUUUGAUCAGUUGGAUCAUUUUUUCUUUCAAACCAACAUUAACUUGCAUCAACAUAUUAGUUUGUUAAGGUACAGGCUAUCCUCAAUGGUGUGAAAAUGAACUUUUAAGAGACUGCUCUGGCCCAAGGUUUUUUUUUAUAUAUAAGAAAUCCUAUUGAUAACCAGAAUAUUUCCUUGUAGGUCCUUGUAGGCACAAUAUGUCUCAGAGUGGCAUCGAGUUUUAUAGGGGUGGGGUGUGUCCAUGAACUGUGCAUGUCAUUUUGCUUAAACUUUUAAUGAAAGAAUGAACUGCGACUUAAUGUACUUCUUGUUGCAAGCAAUGUCAUAAUUUAUUUCUCAUCUGUUCAAUUGUGAAUCAAUGUAACGUUGUUGAUGUUUCAGGAUGUAGAGUAGUUUUUUUGACGUUGUAAAGAUGUUGCUUCCAACCUCAGUGGUCAAAGAGAAAAUGUCUACUUUGAAAAAGGGUAGAAUGUCAGUUUAAAAAAUUGGAAACUUCUUGCAACAUACAGACCUUCAACUCCUUAGCUUGAAUAUCUGCCGACCUAAAUCAAAAGAUAACUGUAUGGCUCCUUUGUAUCACUGCGAGUUGAUAGUGUGGACCCAAAGACGUUUAACAGACUAAUUAAAACGUAGGAGCUCAACAUUAGUGUUAUUUCAAGUUAUUUUACUUAAAAUCCUGUGAUGAUACUCCAAGAGUUCAAACAUAUUAUAAAAAGCUGACUGUCUUCCUCAAUCAUCCAGAAAAUUAUAUUUCGAACAAUCUGCGGGAGAAAAAUGAACAUAUUUUCGCGUCAAAUAGAGACUAUCGUUUAUAAAUACAUGAUCAAUACUAAUCCUUGUACCCUCAACUGAGUCAUAAAUGGUGGAAAUUUAUUAAGAGCUUUAUCAGAUCACUUAAUAUGAAGCAAGUUGUGCAAGUUUGUUCCUCUUAUAGUUUCGAUGUCAUCUAUUAGCUUUUUUACUUAGCAUAGGAACAGUGCUCAGCACCACAGAGCUUAGGUUUAUUAGUCCAGACUUCCUAACAAAGUGAUCUUUAUAUUUCCUUCUUUUUGGGUUGUUCGCUUUACAGAAUUUAGGUUCAUUCCAUGUUAGUCAGUCUGCUGAAAUCCUACUGGUGCAGUUAGACCUUAACGCAGAAUUCGUUGGCCUGUAAACAAGAUAAAUUCUUUGUAUUAUUUAUUGUUGUUUUUUUAGCCACAAACUUGCUGGUAGGAUGUUUAAUGAGAGUAAUACAGUGUUAUUGUAUUUCUGGCUUGAAUCAGCGUCAAUGCCAGAUGUGAUGACUACUUACUGUCGGUAUAAUUACGUUAUCUAAUUACUAUUCAUCUACUUUUUCACAAUUGUCUCUCUAAACUGGUCACUACGUUGAAUUAUUGCCCAGGGUACUGAUGUUCAACUCGGUUUAAUGCAUAAAGGGGGUAAGUUUCUAAAGAAACUGUGGUGCUGCGUCGGUGGGAGAGUAUAGCAGGUAAUUUAAUGUUAAUAACUGAGUAGUUGUAUCGCUCUGAUGAAGGGCUAACGCUGGAAACGUCAGCUUUUUUACCCUUUACGGUGGCCAAUUUACGUUUUCAACUCAGUUGUUAACACUAAACUGCCCAUUCAGUUUAAUGCAGGUUGGUACAUGGAAGAAGUUAACUUACUCAAAUUCUUUAUCAUCAACCUUUAGAGUCCUUUUAAGGUCAACUUUCAUGCUUUGUAAAAGGUUUUGAAGUGUAAGGCCUUGAUAAAACAAUCGAACCAACCUUCUGUUCCCUGUUUGAACUUUGUUUGCCAGUACGUGUUUAGCUGUUCUUUUCCAGUAGAUCUCAGCAGCAAGC